AUUUUAAAGAACUAGAAACUUAAGUUGUAAACUGCUGUGGUCAUAUUUACAGAAAUAAAACAAGCGAAAAUAACAUUUGGACAUUUAUCAAACUAAGUAAUUUUAUCAAUCUGAGGGAAACAGAGAUAAAGAUUAAAAAUCUUAUUCAAGAGGUGUUUGAAAACAACUUCUGCUGAUAGAAUAAAAUGUGAAAGAGGCAUACAUUUUUUAAAGUUUUUUUUCUGCAUUGUAUUCAACUGUCAGAGACCAGCAGUGACCCUUCCACAACACUAGGGGGCAGCAGUACCCACCAGAAAAUGAAAAAGCCGGAAGAGAAAGAAAAAAAAAACCAAACAAACAGGCGGAACCUUUCUUUCGUUCCUUCUGAACACCACGGACGGUUUACCGCGGUGCACGGAGUGUUAGAUUCCCCAACAGCCGCUUUAAGACUGUAUUUAUGAGUUUAGGGUUAACCAGCGGUUGAUAACCAUGGAGGUCCUCGGUGAAGACUUUGGAGACUUGACUCCUCAGGAGUUGGCGGCUCCUGUCAACACCGUGGCUGAGGUUACUUCAUCGUUAAAGGUCAGGAGAAAGUCAUCCUGAUCCAGGAGCAGCUGUCUAAGAACCGGAUCAUCGUGGACCAAGACAGGAAGGGGACAGUUGGAGCUUCAGUUACUAGCUCUACUCAUGAAAAGAAAAGUAGAACUAAUAUUAUUGUGAAGCAAGGACGCUUCUACCUGAGACAUAACACGCUGUCGGAGGACGCGCCCAUCGCUAUCAUCUUUAAGGGUAUGGGUGUGGAGAGCGACCAGGAGAUCGUGCAGAUGAUUGGCACAGAGGAGCAUGUCAUGGCCAACUUCGCCCCGAGCCUGGAGGAGUGUCAGAAAGCCCAGAUCUUCACGCAGACUCAGGCUCUGAGGUUUCUUGGGAAUAAAGUGCGCAGGCAGCGGAUGUGGGGAGGGCCCAAGAAGACCAAGAUGGAGGAGGCCAGGGAGCUGCUGGCCUCACUCAUCCUCACUCACGUACCUGUUAAAGAGUUUAACUUUCGAGCAAAGUGUAUUUAUCUGGCUGUGAUGGUUCGGAGAGUGAUCCUGGCUCAAGGUGAUAACAAGGUGGAUGACAGAGAUUACUAUGGAAACAAGCGUCUGGAGCUGGCUGGACAGCUCUUGUCUUUGCUGUUUGAGGAUUUGUUCAAGAAGUUUAACUCUGAACUGAAGAAGAUUGCUGACCAGAUCAUCCCCAAGCAGAGAGCGGCUCAGUUUGAUGUGGUCAAACACAUGCGGCAGGAUCAGAUCACCAACGGCAUGGUCAACGCCAUAUCCACCGGAAACUGGUCUCUGAAGAGGUUCAAGAUGGACCGUCAGGGCGUCACCCAGGUUCUGUCUCGGCUUUCUUACAUUUCUGCUCUGGGUAUGAUGACCAGGAUCUCCUCUCAGUUUGAGAAGACCAGGAAGGUGAGCGGGCCGCGCUCUCUGCAGCCGUCGCAGUGGGGCAUGCUGUGUCCGUCCGACACGCCUGAAGGAGAGGCUUGCGGUUUGGUGAAGAACUUGGCUCUGAUGACUCACAUCACCACCGACAUGGAGGACGGACCCAUCAUCAAGCUGGCCUUGAACCUCGGGGUGGAAGACGUCAACCUGCUGUGUGGGGAGGAGCUGUCCUACCCCAGCGUCUUCCUCGUCUUCCUCAACGGAAACAUCCUCGGCGUGAUAAGAAAUCACCACAAACUCGUCACCACUUUCAGACUCAUGCGCAGGGCCGGUUUCAUCAACGAGUUUGUGUCCAUCUCCACAAACCUGACCGAUCGCUGCGUGUACAUCUCCUCAGAUGGAGGACGACUCUGCAGGCCGUACAUCAUAGUGAAGAAGGGACAGCCCAUGGUGAAAAGCAAACACAUUGAAGAUCUUUCUCAGGGUUACAGAAAUUUUGAGGACUUUCUGCAUGAAGGUCUGGUAGAGUAUCUAGACGUCAACGAGGAGAACGACUGUCAGAUUGCUCUCUAUGAACACAUGAUCAACAAAGACACGACUCACUUGGAGAUCGAGCCGUUCACGCUGCUCGGAGUGUGUGCAGGCCUCAUUCCCUACCCCCACCACAACCAGUCGCCCAGGAACACGUACCAGUGUGCUAUGGGCAAGCAGGCCAUGGGAACUAUUGGCUACAACCAGAGGAACCGUAUUGACACCCUGAUGUACCUGUUGACGUACCCUCAGAGGCCCAUGGUCAAAACCAAAACCAUCGAGCUGAUUGACUUUGAAAAGCUCCCUGCGGGUCAGAACGCCACAGUGGCAGUGAUGAGCUACAGCGGCUACGACAUUGAAGACGCUCUAGUUCUCAACAAAGCCUCACUUGACAGAGGAUUUGGUCGAUGCCUUGUUUACAAAAAUACAAAGUGCACACUGAGGCGGUACACUAACCAGACUUUUGACAAAGUCAUGGGGCCCAUGCUGGAUGCUGUCACACGCAAACCUCUUUGGAGACACAACAUCCUGGAUGCUGAUGGCAUUUGCUGUCCUGGUGAAAGAGUGGAAAACAAGCAAAUUUUGGUGAACAAGUCGAUGCCAACUGUCACUCAGACACCACUGGAGGGCAGUGCCCAUCCAGGCCAGCCCCAGUACAAAGACGUGCCCAUCAGCUAUAAAGGCUCCACGGACUCGUACAUCGAGAAGGUCAUGAUCUCCUCCAACGCUGAAGAUGCCUUCCUCAUCAAGAUCCUGCUGAGGCAGACCAGGAGGCCGGAGAUAGGAGACAAGUUCAGCAGUCGACACGGGCAGAAAGGUGUUUGUGGGCUCAUCGUGCCGCAGGAGGACAUGCCGUUCUGUGACUCCGGCGUCUGUCCAGAUAUCAUCAUGAACCCUCACGGGUAUCCCUCCAGAAUGACGGUGGGGAAGCUGAUUGAACUGCUGGCCGGGAAAGCCGGAGUUCUGGACGGACGCUUCCACUAUGGUACGGCUUUUGGAGGCAGUAAAGUGAAGGAUGUGUGCGAGGAUCUUAUCCGUUAUGGGUACAACUACCAGGGCAAGGACUAUGUGACCUCAGGAAUCACAGGGGAACCCCUGGAGGCUUACAUCUACUUUGGGCCGGUCUAUUACCAGAAGCUGAAGCACAUGGUUCUGGAUAAGAUGCACGCCAGAGCUCGGGGUCCCAGAGCGGUUCUCACCAGGCAGCCCACAGAGGGACGCUCCAGAGACGGCGGUCUGCGUCUGGGGGAGAUGGAGCGCGACUGUUUGAUCGGCUACGGGGCGAGCAUGCUACUGCUGGAGCGCCUCAUGAUCUCCAGUGACGCCUUCGAGGUGGAUGUUUGUGGACAGUGUGGCCUGCUUGGAUACUCCGGGUGGUGUCAUUACUGUAAGUCGUCUUGUCACGUCUCCUCCCUGAAAAUCCCGUACGCCUGCAAGCUUCUCUUCCAGGAGCUGCAGUCCAUGAACAUCAUCCCUCGACUCAAACUGUCGCGUUACAACGAGUGAGAAACAGAAACAAAGUCUGCGUGAGUGAACGGUUAAACGCCCGAGAGGGAUCAAGUUUAAGUUUAGAGCAAGCUGUUGAGUUCCUAAAAUGAAACUGAAGUUUUUUUCUGUUUGGAAGUUUUUUUGCUCUUUUCCAAAGAUGUUUUCUGAGUGUGUACAUAAUAAACAAAGUUAUUUCUUUCA